UAUAGGGCGUGUUGUGAGGGUGACUCGGCGGGAGUGUGACUCGAAAUGAAGGCGGAGUGUCGAGGGUAUAGUUUGGGAUUGGGCCUAAAACUGUUUUAGCGAACUUUAACCCCUUGCGCUAUAAUGUCGAUCGGUACUGAACUGAAAAUAAGAAAAAGCCUGAUCUUAAUCUAGCUCACUAGCAAUUGUAAGAAUUGUAUGUGCGUAACAUGCGAUGCUGGUAUUAAUGUCGCACACUGUUCAGCCCUAUAAUACAAUACAGGCAUUCUUCGAAUUCAGUACAAAAUACCCCGCCUCGCCGGUACCAGUUUUUACGCCAUUGGAAAACCAACACCUUGAAGCGCCCUACUUUUGGUACUUUCACAAAGUACGAAAAAAAAAAACACUAUACCUGCGGUGGAAACGCGCCUCCUUUAAACUGCUAUUGUACUCAUAACAUUGACAGAAAGGGCGAGCUCAGAAUAUAAACCAGGUUUCUAUCAUUUUAGGCGGUUUUUCAGAGCUCAUAUAUUAAUCAGAAUCAGAAAACUUUUAUGGCUCCUGGGGAAAUAGUUUGUAAUUAAGACUGCACAGUAAACAACCACACAAAAAGACAAAAAAAAUAGGCAAAACACAGUAUCAUAUAGAGUAUAACUAUUUCUGAAUAGAUACGAUAUUAUUGCAAAUGUGCCCUGGGUGAUUCACCGGUUGUACAUUUUGUCGGAAGGAAUGUUUUCCUGAGGCGCUCGGUGGAGCAUUUUAAGUCCAGCUGUAUGCGGCUGAAUGCGCUCUUCUGUCCAACCACAGCAUUAUGAAGCGGAUGAGCAGCAUUGAGCACAAUAAACCGAAGUCUGGACAGCAUCCUCCUCUGCGCUAGUGUCGAUAGUGUCGAGUUCCUUCCCUAGAACCGGCCCAGCCUUCAUGAUUAACUUGUUGCGUCUGCUGGCAUCAGCCACCUUGACAUUGCUGCCUCAGCAGGCACUUGCUACCGCAGGCUCGCAGAACAUCCGCAGACUCCUUCCUUGUUUAUAAACAGCAGUGCAGUUCUUAGAUCAGUCCAGUUUGCUAUCUAGGUGGACACCCAGACAUUUAUAAUCCUGUACAAUCUCCCCGAAUGAACCUAAUAUUAAAGGAAUAUUUUUGAACAAAUUUCUUUACGUUAUCUUAUUAGGAGCAUGUAAAUAAAUUAAUGAAAAAUAAACCAGCAAGUGAACAGAAAAUACAGUAUGUGUAAAGAGUUUGCGUAUUUAUGGUCCACAGUGAGAUAUACGCACUGUCUGUAAUCCAAAAGCCUAGGAAACAGGGCAACUGUAGGAUUUGACCAUUGGGGGGGAAGGGGCUCAGCCCCCUGCAGGGACCAUUUGAAGAAAUACAGGACGCCAACACCCUCCACGAAAAAAAUUGGGGGUUGCGGGGUUUUCCGGCUAUAAGUUUUCUACGAAAUGUGUACUCCGUAAGGAUUAAUCGCUUACUGGAGCUACAGUUUUUUUCAGUGUGGCUGAGACAAAAAAUAGGGUCUAAAACCAAUUAUCCUAGGAAGAAAUGACGUUUCUUUGAAUUACUUUUCAGGGCCAGUCAUCAACUUUUAAAGGGAAGCUGACGACCACCCUCUUCCAGGGCUUGACUGGCCAUCUGGCGAACCCGGACUGCGCUGCCUCCGCAUAUUCCACUAACCCGGUCAGCGGCCAGCUGCGCUGUCAGAGACUCAGGAAACAACUUCCCUGUAACAUAUGUCCUUAAGCCAUAAGGCAAUGAGAACUUGUAGCAUCAUCUGGCUCGUCUGCCUGCUUUUGGAGGAAGCUGGGGCGUGGGGCUUUAAGGACGGCAUUCUUCACAACUCCAUAUGGCUUGAACAAGCAGCUGGAGUGUACCAUCGUGAGUCACGCAAGGGGAGGUACCAGCUCACCUACAAGGAAGCCAAGGCCGUCUGCGAGUUUGAAGGGGGUAAACUGGCAACAUAUGACCAGCUGGAGGCAGCCCGUAAGAUAGGUUUCCAUGUGUGCUCGGCUGGCUGGUUUGACAAGGGGCGAGUUGGCUACCCCAUCGUCAAACCGGGGACCAACUGUGGCUUUGGCAGAGUUGGCAUCAUCGACUACGGUUACAGGCUGAACAAGAGUGAACGGUGGGACGUCUAUUGUUACAACCCCAAUGGGAAGCAGUGUGGAGGAAUUCUGACAGAGCAGCACAGACUUAUUAAUUCCCCUGGGUACCCAGAUGAGUAUGAGGAUGAGCAGAUCUGCUACUGGCACAUUCGCCUGCGCUACGGACAGCGGGUGCAGCUGCGUUUCCUGGAAUUCGACGUGGAGGAUGACACUGCCUGCCUCUCUGACUACCUUGAGAUUUAUGACAGCUAUGACGACGUCUCUGGCUUUGUUGGGAGAUUCUGUGGUGAUGAUUUACCAGAGGACUUCAUCAGUACAGGAAAUGUCAUCACACUGAAGUUUCUCUCCGACUCCUCCGUGACAGCUGGUGGAUUCCAGCUGGAAUACUUUGCGGUCGACUCACCUACAAACUCACCAGCAAACAUCACCGCAAGUCCAACUAUGCUGAGCAAUGAAUGACGUGUUUGACGUAUUCAUCAGCCUUACCCUCUUAGAUUAAUAAAAUGCCUUAAAUGUGUGUAAUAUCUGUAUUUAUAACUUUUUAUAUUCCUUCAUAAGAAAUAUAUGGUAUUAAACACAGUUCUCCAUCUA